AUGGAGGGGCUGAGACAGUCACUAAUCCUGAGCAUGGAGCUGGAGGACACGAGGGUCAAGGCCCAAGAGGAGGUCAAAGCCCGAGACCACCAAAUAGCCCAGCUCAAGAAUCUGCUCAGCCGGGCCCUAAAGGAGCGGGACCAGGCCCAAUACAAGUGCCACAGGGCCAUCCUCGACAAGCUCAUGCUCCAGAACCAGAUCCACCGGCCCGGCCCAAUUAAAUCCCGCGCCUCCAGCAUCGACGACGAGAACAUCGCCUCUCCUCCUCCGCCGCCGCCGCCGCCGCUUCCGGAGAAGGGCAGGCUCCUGCAGGCGGUGAUGGGCGCCGGCCCACUUUUACAGACGCUCCUCGUGGCCGGGCCGCUGCCACGGUGGCGCCACCCGCCACCGCCGCUCGAGGCGCACCUAAUCCCGCCGGCGGCGGCGGGAAUCGGGGACCCGUUUCGGAUUGUGGGUGGGUGUAAUAAUGAGAGGAAGAGAGGGUUUAGUGAGUCAUCAUCAUCAUCGUCCACAGGAUUGAAGUACCAAAGGGUUGUUCCACAUUAA